AUGGAUAGUGAGUAUCGUGUCAUAUUGAAUGUUGGCGGGGUAAGACACGAAACCUACAAGCACACAUUAAAGAAGAUUCCAGCCACCCGAUUAAGUCGUUUAACCUUGUCGACAACCAACUAUGAUCCAGUGCUCAACGAAUACUUUUUUGAUCGACAUCCAGGAGUAUUUGCUCAAAUAUUAAACUAUUAUAGAACUGGGAAAUUGCAUUAUCCACUGGAUGUUUGUGGACCGCUAUUUGAGGAAGAACUUAAAUAUUGGGGUUUGGAUGCAAACGAAGUUGAACCAUGUUGUUGGAUGACGUAUACGCAACAUAGAGAUACGCAAGAGGUGCUUUCAAAUUUAGAUAAAUUGGAUAUUGACAUUGAUGAAGAAAGGAUGAAUAAUCCAGAAGAGAUCUAUAAACGAUUUGGAUGGGAAGAAGAUUAUCAUCAGGGAAGGCUUUCUUUUUGGCAGAAGUUAAAACCUAGAUUAUGGCGCUUAUUUGAUGAACCAUCAUCGUCAAUUGCAGCACAGGUGAUAGCGACAGUUUCAGUAUUUUUUCUAGUUGUUGCAAUUAUAACAUUUUGCCUAAAAACAUGCCCCGAAUUUCGGAUUGUCGAGUUAUCGGAACAUCCGGACAACACUUCCACACAUCCAACCCGACAUCUUCGGCAUACACAAAAAUUUCGUACCGAAAGUGUCGGAAUUGAGCAACGAAAUUCCAAAGCUCAUCCAGCAUUCAAUGUUCUUGAAGCGGUAUGUAAUGUAUGGUUUACAAUUGAAAUUCUUCUUCGUUUUACCACUUGUCCGAGUAAAAUUGCAUAUUUUAAAACACCGGUAAAUGUUAUUGAUUUGGUUGCAACAUUAACAUUCUAUGUGGACUUAUUGUUGGCAAACAUCGGAACAACAGCAGAUCUUGAAAUAUUUUCCAUUAUACGUAUUAUGCGACUGUUUAAGCUGACCCAACAUUCAAGUGGCCUUAAAAUUCUUAUACAUACAUUUAGGGCAAGUGGUAAAGAACUAAUGUUACUGGUAUUCUUCUUAGUGCUUGGUAUUGUAAUCUUUGCCUCGCUAGUAUAUUAUGCAGAACGAUUAGAAACAAAUCCCGAUAAUCAAUUUCAGAGUAUUCCUCUUGGAUUAUGGUGGGCGGUCGUAACGAUGACCACGAUUGGGUACGGUGAUAUGACUCCACAUACCUAUCUUGGACGACUUAUUGGCUCAGUGUGUGCUUUAGCGGGCGUACUAACCAUAGCGUUGCCUGUACCAGUUAUUGUCAGCAACUUUGCAAUGUUCUAUUCGCACACUCAAACUCGCUCCAAAAUGCCCAAAAAACGCAGAAACGUUCUCAGCAUUGAUCAGGCAAACUAA